AUGACCCUAUGUGUCGCUGUCCCGAUUUGGGGACAUUUGCUGGCUCGGACCAACCAUGUCUAUUGUGAUAGAAGUGGGUUUCAUCGCGCACUGCACCUCAUGAAGUUCUUGGCGGCAGAUAGUACAGGCAAACCUCGGACGGCCGCAGUUCUUGGGCAUUUUGGCCGCACAACAAGGAAGUAUUUAGAUAUGGUCAGGCAAGACUUGGCAGAGUCGAAUGCUACUCGAGGCUCAAGCCUCAAGGCGUCGAUUCAAACGAGAUUUAUCAUGUGCGCACGAAGCACUGUGUCAACGCUCAGAUACUCAACACUUGUGGGCGGAUUUAAAGCUGCUCAACGCGUCGAUCCAAACCGUGACGAUGUCAAGUUAUCCACGAACGGCAGUGCAAACUUAAAGCUGCUCCUCCUCAAGGCAGCUCAAGGCGUCGAUUCAAACGAUAUUUAUCAUGUGCGUAUCCGCUUGGCAAAAUCACAUAUAGUGCGAACCACUGCAUCAAUUCUCAAAUACUUGACACUAGGCGGAUUUGAAGCUGCUCUAGGCUUCGAUUCAGACAAGAUUAUCAUGUGCGUUGUUCAAAGUGUCGAUCCAAACGAUAUCAAGUUGUGUGCGCUGCUCAAGGCGUCGAUCCAAACGAUAUCAGGUUAUGUGCGCCGCUUGGCAGAAUUUCAGAUAGUACCAACCAGUGAAACAAAUAUUCGCAGUAAGGUGCCAUCGCGAAUGGUCCAAAUGUGGUCCUAG